GGCAAUAGAUGGAUUCGGCUUACCUUCAGCUCAAGCUUAGCGUCCAGAAGAAAGCAAAAAGCAGAGCAAAUGUGGAGAAAGACACAGAAAGAAAAAAAAGAAGCAGACAGGGAAUUGACACAGACAACAGCAACAACAAAGAGUAUGAGUGGUGCUCCUGUUAAAAGAUCGCAUGAAGAGGGUGGUCAUUCUUCUUCUUUGAAAUUCCCUCCUCAUGAAGAUACAGGUUCGUAUCCUAAGCUGACAUCAGGGGUUUCAAAUGAGUACCAUCUACCAUAUGAGAUGGGUCCAGAUGCUAGGGUGGCUAAGAUUCCCAGAACUGAGUCUCGAGACGUAGAUAGAAGAUCACCUUUGCAUUCGAUGUAUCGAAUCCCACCAUCUUCAAAUGAAUCACACAUGGUUUCUCAUUUGAAUGUUGCUCCUGAAAGAAGGCCUGAAUCAAGGGAUUCCAAGGACUGCAGAGACUACCAGAUUGAAAACCAUGAGCCAAGGACUGAUGCAAGAGAGAUGUAUGGCGAGGCAAAGAGGGAUUCACAAGGUGUUAAAAAUGAAAAGGAUGUGAGGUUUGAGAGUAGAGGGGAUGACAAUAAGGAAUUAAAGCAUGACAGAGAAGCUCAUAUUGAGCUGAAGAAUGACAUGAAGAUAGAAAAGGAUGGUUUUGGUCCUGCAAGUAGUCAGGUGAAUUGGAAGGAACCAAAAGAAUACCAUAGGGGAAAGAGAUGUUUGGAAUCUGCAGGUGUACAUGUGGAUCCUUGGCAUAUAUCACGUCGAAAUUCCCAAGGCUCCAUUGAGAUUGAAAAGGAAGUCGUCAGUAUUGAGGAGAGGGAUCAUGCCAAAGUUCACGAGGCAGUUGGAGAAAAUAAAGUUGAAUUGAAAGGUGAGGAUAGAUUUAAAGACAAGGAUAGGAAGAGGAAAGAUUUGAAGCUCCGGGAAUGGGGAGACAGAGAUAAGGAAAGAAGUGAUCGAAGGGGAAGUAUGCAAGUAGGCAACAGUAUUGCUGAGGGAAAAGAGUCGGUGAAGGAAGAGAGAGAAGGAGAGAGGUGGGAGUGGGAGAGGAAGGAUCUGUCAAAAGACAGGGAAAGGUUAAAAGAAAGGGAGAAGGACCACAUGAAAAGAGAAUCAGGAACUGGAGCUGAAAAGGAGGGUUUGCACAGUGAAAAGGAGUCUGUGGAUGGAUCUGUCAGAAUUUCAGAACAGGAAAAUCCAGCUUUGGAGCCAAAGAAACAGAAAGAUUUUGAUAACUGGAAAAAUGUCGAUAAAGAAGCUAAAGAUAAAAAGAAAGAAAGAGAAGCUGACAUAGAAGGAGAUAGACCUGAGAAGGGCAGCACGAUGUGCGGGAAAGAAUCUGAUGAUGGAUGUGCAGAUGGUGAAAUUGCAACUGAAAGGGAAAGAGGAGUUUUUAACUAUGGAGUCCAGCAGCGCAAGAGGAUGCUUCGGCCUAGGGGCAGCGCCCAAGUGGCAAAUUGUGAACCCCGUUUUAGUUCCCAUACUCAGGACUGUGAGGGAUGUCAAGGCAAAUCUGAGGUAUCCUCUGUCAUUUAUAAAGUUAGUGAAUGCAUGCAAGAGCUGAUAAAGUUAUGGAAGGAGUAUGAAGCAUCUCAAUCUGAUAAAAAUAGUGAAAGCAGCCAUAAGGGCCCCACUCUUGAAAUUCGAAUACCAGCAGAACAUAUUACUGCUACAAAUCGCCAAGUAAGAGGUGGACAAUUAUGGGGGACAGAUAUAUACACAAAUGACUCUGAUCUUGUCGCUGUUCUCAUGCAUACAGGCUACUUCCGUCCCACUGCUUCUCCUCCUCCACCUGCCAUCCAAGAGUUAUGUGCUACUAUCAGAGUGUUGCCUCCACAAGAUAGCUACAUUUCUAUGCUGAGAAAUAAUGUUCGUUCACGUGCCUGGGGAGCUGGAAUUGGUUGUAGCUACCGUGUUGAGCAUUGCUGCAUCGUGAAGAAAGGAGGUGGAACCAUUGAUCUUGAGCCCUGUCUUACACAUACAUCAGCAGUGGAACCUACUCUUGCUCCUGUGGCUGUUGAACGGACAAUGACUACCCGUGCUGCUGCUUCGAAUGCAUUGCGGCAACAGAGAUUUGUACGUGAAGUUACAAUACAGUACAACCUUUGCAAUGAGCCCUGGAUAAAAUACAGCAUUAGUAUUGUUGCUGACAAGGGUCUGAAAAAGCCUCUCUAUACUUCUGCGCGUUUGAAAAAGGGAGAAGUUCUAUAUUUAGAAACACAUUCAUGCAGGUACGAGCUCUGUUUUACAGGAGAGAAAAUGGUGAAAGUGACACAGGCUUCUCAGGUGCAUGAAGAGACAAAUAAGAUCCAUAAUCACCACCCACAUUCUUCAAACGGUGAGAAGCACGACUUUGAUAAUGUUUUUAUUGAUGUAUUCCGGUGGUCCCGCUGUAAGAAACCACUACCGCAGAAGGUCAUGCAGUCAGUUGGGAUCCCAUUGCCCCUGGAACAUGUUGAGGUAUUGGAGGAGAAUCUUGACUGGGAGGAUGUGCAAUGGUCACAAACUGGUGUUUGGAUAGAUGGAAAAGAAUUCACACUUGCUAGGGUGCGCUUUCUAUCUCCAAGUUAGCUAUGGCUUCUUGUGUAUCUACAAACAGUUGUGUACCAAUUUGAUGCAUGCAGGAAUAAUACUAUUUGGUUUGUAAUGGUUUUAUUUCUUAAAUAAAUCAAAGAAUUGAAGUUAA